AUGAAUAUCGAGGAAAAAGAUGAAGAAAAAGAAGGAAAAAAGCCGAUAAUUGUUAGAAAUUCAACAGAUCUACAACGUCUGAAGCUGGAAAAGUUGAUGAGAAAUCCAGAUAAACCAGUCUUAAUUCCAGACAGACCAAAAGAAAGAGGAAUGCCCAAUGUUCCAGAUUUUGUUAGAAAUGUUAUGGGAUCUAGUGCAGGAGCAGGUUCUGGUGAAUUCCAUGUCUACAGGCAUUUACGAAGAAAGGAAUAUGCUCGACAGAAAUAUAUGAAAGAAAGAGCAGAAAAGGAUAAAUUAGAAGAAGAGUACCAUGUUAAAUUGGAAGAAAAUAAAAAACUGGCAGAAGAGAGGACAGCUAGAAAACGAUUGAAGAGACUCAAAAAGAAAAAGACGAAAAAAAGCAACUCAAAGAAAAUCAAAUCUACUGAGCCAAAACAAUCGUCAUCAUCAGAAGAAAGUGAUAACUGUACAACUACAGAAGAUGAAAGUGCAAAGGAAAGUUCAGACUACAAUGAGGCACAUCAAAAAUCUGAAAGCCAAACUGUGGAACAAGAAAAUGUUAGUGAUGUUAUAUCACUUGUAUCAAAUAAUACAGGUAUUGCUGAGGAAAGUAGUAAGGAAAAUAUUCAGUGA